GCUCCGCCUGGCGCUGGGAGCGGCGGCCGCGGCGGGCAACUUCCCCUCAAGUCUGUCCGGUGGCGUGCGGGGGGGGACUAUGCGACCCGGCUGAGCGCGGCCCGAGACGGGCGGGCGGGGCGAGGACAGGCGGCGCCAGCAGCAGCAGCAGUAGCAGCAGCAGCAACAGCAGCGGCAGCCGCCGCUCCGCCGCCGUAGCCAGAGUCGCCCGGCAGCCGCCCGCCUCAGCCGCCUGCCCUCCCCCGGCUGGGGCAGGAGCUGCCGCGGCCGUCCCAUGUCCCGCAAGGCCAGCGACAAUGUGGAGUACACGCUGCGGAGCCUGAGCAACCUGAUGGGCGAGAAGCGGCGGCGGCAGGCGGACGGGUCCGCCGGCUCGGGCGCGGCGGCGGCGGCGGGCGAGAGGAGCCUCAUCGCCGCCGAGUCGUGCUCAAGCCUCAACAGCGCGGCGUCGGGCGGCGAGCUGGAGCGGGCGGCGCGGCGGCAGUUCCAGCAGGACGAGACCCCCGGCUUCGUCUACGUGGUGUCGGUCUUCUCCGCCCUGGGGGGCUUCCUCUUCGGCUACGACACCGGCGUGGUGUCGGGGGCCCUGCUGCUCCUCAAGAGAGAGCUCAACCUGGACGCCCUCUGGCAGGAGCUGCUCGUCUCCAGCACGGUGGGCGCCGCCGCCCUCUCCGCCCUGGCCGGCGGCGUCCUCAACGGGCUGUGCGGCCGGCGGCCCUGCAUCCUGCUGGCCAGCGGCCUCUUCACGGCGGGGGCCGGCGUGCUGGCCGCCGCCCGCGACAAGGAGACCCUGCUGGGGGGACGCGUGGUGGUGGGGCUCGGCAUCGGUGUAGCAUCUAUGACUGUACCAGUGUACAUCGCAGAAGUUGCUCCACCGCACUUAAGAGGCAGAUUAGUCACCAUUAACACUCUGUUCAUCACUGGAGGGCAGUUUUUUGCAAGUGUUGUUGAUGGAAUCUUCAGCUACCUCGCAAAGGAUGGAUGGAGGUACAUGCUGGGCCUGUCGGCUGUUCCAGCUGUUAUACAGUUCCUUGGAUUCCUGUUUCUUCCUGAAAGUCCCCGCUGGCUCAUUCAGAAAGGCCAGACUCAGAGAGCACGAAGAAUUCUGUCUCAAAUGCGUGGCAACCAGGCAAUUGAUGAGGAGUACGACAGUAUAAAAAAUAACAUUGAAGAAGAAGAAAAAGAAGUUGGAGCAGCUGGACCUGUGAUCUGCAGAAUGCUAACAUACCCUCCAACUCGAAGAGCCUUAAUUGUGGGUUGUGGUCUGCAGAUGUUUCAACAACUGUCAGGGAUUAACACCGUCAUGUACUACAGCGCUACCAUUUUGCAGAUGUCAGGAGUUGAAGAUGACAGGCUUGCAAUCUGGCUGGCUGCACUGACAGCAUUUAUAAACUUCAUUUUCACUCUGGUGGGAGUCUGGCUCGUUGAAAGAAUGGGUCGCCGGAAACUUACGCUUGGUAGCUUAACAGGUACCGCUGUAGCACUUAUUAUCCUAGCUUCGGGAUUUUUGCUAUCAGCUCAGGUCUCGCCAAGAAUCACAAUUAAUCCACCAGAUCCUUCACAUCAAAAUUCUACCUGCACAAAAUACAGCUAUUGUAAUGGAUGUAUGUUAGAUCCAGAUUGUGGUCUCUGCUACAAAUUGAAUAAAUCAAGUGUUGUUGAGUCCUCCUGCAUUCCUGUUGAUAAAGAUUCUACAAUGAAAGCAGCUUGGGGCAGGUGUUCAAAUGAAACAGUAUUCAAAAAAGAUGAUCUGUUUUGGGCAUACAAUUUCUGCCCCACUCCAUACUCUUGGACAGCACUUCUGGGCCUUAUUUUAUACUUGGUUUUCUUUGCACCUGGCAUGGGUCCUAUGCCCUGGACCGUCAAUUCUGAAAUUUACCCACUUUGGGCAAGGAGUACAGGAAACGCAUGUUCCUCUGGAGUCAACUGGGUUUUCAAUGUGCUCGUGUCACUGACAUUUCUGCAUACGGCUGAAUAUCUGACAUACUACGGAGCCUUCUUCCUCUAUGCAGGGUUUGCUGCCUUGGGACUGGUUUUCAUCUACGGCUGCCUUCCUGAGACUAAAGGGAAAAAACUAGAGGAAAUUGAAUCUUUGUUUGAAAACAGGCUAUGUACAUGUGGUACGUCAGAUUCUGAUGAAGGGAGGUAUAUCGAGUAUAUUCGGGUGAAGGGAAGUAAUUACCAUCUUUCUGACAAUGAUGCUUCUGAUGUGGAAUAAUUUUCAGCUGCUGAUGUAUUUAAUCAUUUAAAGGCCUUCUGGGGGAAAAGCAGCUCUCUGAUGACCUCACUGCCCUGCUUCUGGUCUGGUUCUCCUUUCUACUGUCUAGUUAAAAAUGCCUUCAUGUUCAAAAAUGUUCCAUUUGGGAGGAAUUUCAAUAUGCCAGUGUUUUCUUGAUAACUAAAAGCAAUGGCUUCCAAAAGAGAUCGAAUUCCACAAUUAUGUGAAUUCACCAAGUGUGUGCAACACUGCACCGUCCUGAGGUAUUUAGUAGGGUGCACUGUACCAGAUGACUACAGAAGGCUAUCCUAGAUGGGCAGAGGUUGUCCUUGUCUUCAAUACUGAUAAAAGGUAAAAUAAUAGAGUAACUUAUCAGAAAGCAGCCAACAUCUGUUGGUUCCCCAUCCCGUAGCAGCCUAGGAAAUAGCUCUGCUGUGCAAUACAACGAAUGAUGAAUGCAUAAGGUGCUGUAACAGUAACCAUUUAAACGAUUAAACUGAUUAGGAAAAUACAAAUAUCUGCUAUGCGUAUGAGAGGGAACAUUCCCCAAAUUUACACGUCAGAGAAUUUCCAUUUUUAUUUAUUUGAGAUAACAAGUAGAGAGCCAUACUCACCUGAGUGGAGGUCCACUAGGGUGGCGUAUGUCUAUGUUACACCAGGUUAUGUAGCCACUGCUGCUCUUGAGCACACACUACGUUCAGGAGUUGGCGUUUAUGAGAGAAACUGCCAAAAUUAACUACCUGACGACAGGAAAACAGAGCUAAGUAUGUGGCCACAUGUACAAAUGAACUGGUAUGAAUUGCUAGGUACAACGACUUCAGUUAACUGGCUUCAGUUAGUUGGGAAAAAAUAUUAUUUUUGUUUUCCUUUUUUGCAUUUGAAAGUUUGGGUUCAUGCCUAGUUUUGAACAGAAAAUGUCAUUAUCUAAAAGAAAGAAGAGAGGUUUUGUGCUGCUAAAUGCACAGUGGUCAUCCCUCCUGCGCCUUUGGCUCACGAAUAGUCUUACUGCCUUCGGUUUAUCUUCAUAUGUGCAGAGUAAAUGAAUCCCAGCACGUUUUUCCUUCAAAUGCCCUUAUGCAACCAGUGUCUUGCUGGAUCUAAAGAGAAAUAUUAGCAAUGGACAGAAGCCUGCAUCUGAUAUUAAUUGCCUUACUGAAGCAUUACAAAAUUGUCAAGAAAACGUCAGGCACAAAAAUCAACUUUGGCUGCCUUUAGCAUGGUAAUGAAAAUAUGAAUGGUAUUUUAUUCACCUGCCAUGAUUGCUUGCCUUGGUAAAUUGAAUUUUAUGCCGCUACAUAAAAAUAUUGGUUUUUUCCUUGCCCUGUUCGCACCGCUUUAAGUCUUCAGAGAUAGGAGUUUGAAAGCAUCAACAAUUUAAAUUCUUUUCUUUGAAACGUUUGCUUCAUGAAAGAAUGUGGAAAACCUCCUCUGCCUGUGGGCUUCUCCCCAUUUAUUUGGUAAAAAUACAUUUAUUUUUCAUCAUGUAAAGAUUAAAGAAGUUGUUGGGUUCAUCAGCUUUUAUAAUUCGUUUUGUGGGCUUUUCUUGGGUUGAAAAAUAUUUUGAAUGUAGGAUUACUAUUAAAACUGAGACUGGACAUCUGUUACUAAAUUAUUUGUAUUGGACAAUGUGGGGUUUUGUUGUUGUAAAGAAGUCUGAUAUUAGGUUAUCUGAUCUUCUCGGGGGGAAGUUCUUGCUCUCCAAUUAUUGACCUUCAGCAAUUGGGCGUAUUUUGUGUUAUCUUCUUUUUUACUUGAUUAAUUGAAGAAAUAUUUUGAAAAGAAAACAUUUUAAAGCAUCCUCCUGUGAUGUGGCUGGGACUAAAAGGGGAAAACAUAGCAGAUAAAGGGAAUUUCAAAUGAAUCAUUGUAAAGAGUGGCUUGACCUUGAACAUCUCCUUGUGCGGUGAGAGGGCUGGAUUCUCACGCUUUCCAUCUUGCCUCCCCUUUAAGCGCACAAUAUUUUAAAGCUUGAAAAUGCUUAGGUCUCCAGACCUAUCUACGAGUGCACCCACCACGGGAAGUCUCCGUUAGGUUGUCACCUCUUUGAAACCUUCACUGAAGGUGCAGUACCUGAUAUGAGAAAAAGGGAUGCUUGGCACAGAUGAGAACAAAAAGUUUUGAGGACAAAUUGGUUUCUUCCCAAAACCAAAAAAUGUGUGCGUGAAGACCUUUAUUCGGAACAGUUUUGUUACCCAGAACAGCAUGUGAACGGGCGUGUAACGCCCAACUUGUGCUUAUGUGGUUGAUAGGUUUAAGAGAGAAUUUACUGGUUUCUGAGAAUAGGGACUUAGGGUUCUGAUCUUCCCAAAAGCAUAAGCCCACGCUCGCCAUUCCACCUAUGAACAUUCCUUUCCUUGCUGUGUUUUGCUGGAGCAGGGUGCAAGCCAGGGCGGGUGUCCCUGCGCUGGCACAGUGUCAGCGCUGACCUCGCACUUCAUUGCACUUGUAUCCACAGGUCGAGGAAACCGCUGCAUUUAUUGGGCAUAACCAAAGCAAAGUCACUGGAAAGAUCGCUGUCACAAUAUCAGCCUCUUCUGUUUUGCAGGCAGUGCUGGGGCUUUUUAGCAGCAGAAGACCGCCUCUCUCUGUCAGCCUUGUUUCGUGGACGCUCUCAGAAGUGGCACUCAGUUGUGUGCAGCACUGGGCUUGUUUUCUCACACAGGAUUGAUCUUACUGAAAGCGGUUUUCUGAAGGUUUGCAUCCUGACCCCUUUUUCUUGAGGCAAAAUUGAGACGUACAUUUUAUUCAUCGCCACAAGGGUGCAAAAUAUAUCACCUUAUUUGUUGUCACUCCCCCUUUCCCGCCUGCAGAGAGUUAGGUUUAAGCCUUCCUUUUAGGGUUGCUUUACACCAAGACAACAUUCCACACCUUAGAAACAGUGAACCUAGUACCAAGCAUCAUGUGUAAUAAAAAUGAGAUUAGAUACUUGAAAUUAAUCUUAGUCAAUUAGGUUUUUAUUUUUAGAAUCUGUGAACAUUUAUAGCGUAUGAAGAAAAUUAAAUAAAUGUUUCUAUUUUGCAAAGAUUUUUUAUAUUUGUGCAUAUUUUAAGUUUUAAGAGAUUUUUGCUAAAGAUAGACUUAGUAACAUUCCAGAUAAAAGAAUAAAAAUACAGUGUAGCUGAAUAAUUUCUUAUGACAGGAUUUUAAUUUAUGAAGUAGCAUAAAUAGUAUGUCUAAGCACAAUAUCGUUUUAUUGAAAGUUUUCUGCAGAAGAUGUGAAAUUGUUUCUUCACAAGGACUGCACACUUCAUUCAGGUAUUCUGUGCAUCAGGAACGCUAGAGUAAUACUGCUGGUAGAGUUAGACAUACUGAUGAUACACAACAAUUUGAGAUAUUUUAAUUCUUAUUGAUCUACUGACUACGUGUUGUGAUCUAACAGCAAGUAUAAAAGAAACAAGUCCUGAUGCAUUUUUAAUCUUUUUAAAUUUAAUUCACAGUAAGUCACAUACAGUAGUUUGUUUACCAUGUUGAAAUUAAAAAGUGUUGGGGGAGUUAAGAUGAUUUGCCACUUGUUUCUUCCCCUUAUCACUUUGUUGAUCAAAAUGAUCUUUUAAUAAGAGAAGCAAAUCUGUUUCGAAAAUAGACAUAGAAACACAGCAAGGCCCCAGGACUCAUUUGGAGGGCUGAAGAUGCUGGAUCGCUCUCGUAGACGUUGCUACCUUGUGAGUUGCAGUGAUAGCCCUGCCAGAAAUUUUGGGACGAGAGAGGAUACAUCCCAAGGAUCAUCAUUCCAACGCCGACUUAUUUUUGCAUGAGUUGGUAAAUGCAGCAUUUCACUAGUGUAGGAUUUAGGGUUGGGGGGGGAUUAGAAAGAAGGGAUGCAUCAAAAUCCCCGCAAAGUCCUGUUUCAGUAGAGACAGGUGUCUUAGCCAAAAGCAGGAGUCUCUGACUGGUCUCCCAGGUGGGAGCAGGACAGUGGGACCAAGGGACUGCGCUUGGGCCUGUGGAUGGGAGCGGGGCGCUGGGAGACUAAGGGGGAGGAAGCACAUGAGUGCUCCUCUCCACACGGAGGUGAGAAGAUGACAACAGAGUUUGCAAAGCCAGUACAUUUUUUCCUUGGUGAAAUCUCUUUUGCCCUUCUUAGUCGCUCGGGUUGAACACUGGGGAGAAGUUUUGACUUUCAGGGGCUGCUACAGGCCCUGAGCAAGGGUCUUUCUGUCGGACAUGAGCGUGCUGGGUGGAGUCCCACAGACAUGCAGUGGGCUAACAAAAGAUAGACCCUGUACUUCUCAGCUUUAUACCCAACUUUCUCCUUCUCAGCAUCAACACUUUUCUAACAUGGUCUUCUUGAAAUUUUACUCGUACUUGCAUAAGAGGCUUUGUCAGCUGAACAUCAAUAUGCGAGAAAGAGGCAGAGUCUUCAGAGCGUAGAGAUAUCUUGGAGUAGAAAUCAAGGCAGAAGAGAGUUCUGCAAAGCACUUUAAAGAGUAAAAUAUUUGUGCACUUUUUUUCUGAGAGUCAAGGUAACCAAACCAUUCCUCUGCAUUGGGAAGAAAAUCGAGCUUUGUGUACCAGGCCAGAAGCAGAUAAUGUCACAAUAUGUGCUUUAUGGCAAAAUGUGUUUUUUAUCGCGGGUAACAUUUACAGCUUACAUGUAGCUGCUGCCUAUAAAGUGACUCAAUCAUUCUCUGGAUUUUAACAAGUCACAUUUUUGUGCAAGAAUCUUAGUGGUUUUCUAUCAAUCUUCAUCACCUUGUGUACAGUACAGUUAAACAUAAUCCACAAAGUGGUCUAGGUUGUGGCAGUGUUACAAAUGUCAGCACAGUAAAAUCUAGGUGACCAUUGUUGUUCGUGAUACUGGGGUUAAAACUCCUUAAAGGCAACUAUAUAGAGAUUUUAAAAGUCUGAAAAAAAUGGCAGUUCUUAUCUAUUUUGUGUAUGUUUUCAUAUAGAGAAGGAGUUUUUUAUGUGCCAAUAACCAUCACUGUAGUGUUUUGUAAAUGGGUGUUAGUAGUGUUCCAGAGUUCUGUAUAUGAGAAUAUCCUUCAGCCACAAUGACCUGUUAGUGUGAACCGGCGGCAUGUUUUGAAUCUUACUCGCACUUCUCAUCGGAGGUGCUCACUCAUUGGCUUCAGUAGAGCUCACUCACACCAGGGGAAGUCUGGCCAGCACCAGGCUUCAGGAAUACAGAUUUCAUCUAAGUCCUGCUUUUUCACAUUGUCCCUAGACAGUAUGUUACAUGUGAAUGAUCUGGCACGUGUAAUUAUAAAGCUUCGACUCCGGUUCAGUUACACUCCUCAAUUCUGUUGACAUACGGUUUGUCAAAAUUUGGUUUGGCCUUUCAUUGCAUUCAUAUAAAUAAUGGGCGCACUGAUUAAUUAUGAAUAUUGUCCACCUAUUUCUAAAGGAAACAUCAGUUUCUGAAGUGUUAAAGGCAAAGUUUUCUUGCUGCCUUAAACAUUACAUAGACUUUGGAGAGAACUAAAUGUAUGACCAUCAUCGUGACUUCUGCAGGAGAAAUUUCAUGGAUCCUUAGCAGGUGUGAAGCGAGAUGGUUUCGUGGUGCUGGGAUGCUGCGUUACACCACAGACCUUGCCUAGUGCAUGCCUGUUGUCUGUUCGAUUUUAAGUGUUCGAGUAGUCCCCAUGAAAUCAAUAGGAUUAUUCAUAUGCUUGAUAUUCUCCAUGUGCUCAGUGUCCUGCUGGUCCAGGGCAUCGCUGGGAAGUGGCAUGAGUCACAUCUCCACUUUCCAUCAUGAAUCUCACACCUCUACAAAACCGUUAACUGGAUCUUUCUGUGACGAAUUCUAUGUAGAAUAUGUGAUACGUCAAUGGAGACAGAAUUGAUGGUAAUAAUUCCAUGUUGAAUAACAACGUGGACAUGGUGCCAUCAGGCAUACUGUGGUCCCUGGGUGUGUGUCACGGUAUUCAGUACAAAACAGGUUUUGGCAAAACUAAUUGUUGAGUUGUCCAAGUUAUUUCUUAACCAUGUCAAACAUGUGCCAUUUCCUUUUGCAACCAGUCAAGCCUAUAACGUAUGAAAGUGUUGUACAUUUUCUGAAACUUAAGUGAUGUAAAAUUAUUUAAUUGACUUCUGUUCUGAUUGCUUUAAUGAAGUUUGGUCUUUACAUAAAUAUCUUCAAAGAAUUGUCAGUGCCAGAAAUGUAAAUGAACAAAAUAAAAGGUGAGAUACUUAAUUACAGAA